GUUUAUGACUCGGGCUCGACGGCAGGGGAGGGGAGAAGGGAGAGGACCGGAAUGAACCGGAGGGCGGUGGUUCCACGCCCAGGCUUGUUGGAGUUCAAAACGAUUCCCAAACUUUGCGGCUUCGUCCUUCCUGUGCCUGUAGGGAGGAGACUGGCUUGAUCUCCUCCUCUUCCACCGCCAGUAACAACGCCGCCGCCGCCGCCUGGUUUUCUUCUCACCUGGACGCUGCUGCUUGGAACGCCACUGUGGGACCUGCCUUCUCUCUCUCUCUCUUUCUUUCUUUCUCCCCCGAACAGCUAGUCUUUUAGCUUACUUCUCCUUUGCUUGUAGCCUUCCCCCACCCCCCCAACUGCUCCCACGUUUUGUAUACCUGUCCCGGCUUCCUCUCACUCUCCCCCACCCACUCCCCCCGACCGCCACCCCCCCCACCUUUCAGACCAGCUGCCUCUCUUUCUGCAUUCCUUAAAAGGGAACUAAUUUGGGGUUGCGCGCUCCUCGCUCCUUUGCUUUUGCCAGAAGUGGGGGAGAAAGAAAAAAAGAAAAAGGAAAACAAAACAAAACAACAACUAGAGAAUACAGCUCUUCUGCAGGACAGCUCUCUUCAGUUCCGUCGGGGGCCCAAGUUGAUGCUUUUCUGGUGAUCCGGCUCUUCUGUUUUUUUUUUCUUCUUCUUCUCCGAGGCUUGAGCUAAAUACAAGCUUUUCAAGAUGAGCAUCAAUGGAUCCCAUCCCAGGCUCAACACCUUGGGCAGGAUGGUCCGAGCGGAGUCCGGCCCGGAUAUGCGCUACGACAUGAACUCCCAUAUGAUGAUGGGAGGCGGCGGGGGAGGCAGCAGCAGCCAUACUCAUAAAAUGUAUUACGUCCAGAAAAGCUAUGCCGGGGACAUCAACUCGGAAGGAUACACAUGCCUGAGCCUGUUUGAGAGCCCUGAUCGUACCAUGGAGGAACUAAAGUAUGGAGAUGGUAUUCAAAUUAGCAGGAACCGAGAACUGGAGGACUGCUUUGGCCAGGCAAAUGAACACAUGGAUAUUCUUGAUGGGUUGAUCCGAGAAAUGAGACAAAUGGGACAGCCAUGUGAUCUCUACCAGAAAAGACUGCUUCAACUUCAAGAGCAGAUGCGUGCCCUCUACAAGGCUAUUAGUGUACCUCGUGUCCGAAGGGCUAGUUCCAAAGGCGGUGGCUACAGCUCUCAGAGUGCUUCAGGUUGGGAUGAAUAUACUAGGCGUGUCACCACUGAAUGUCUGAACUGGAUGAGACAGCAGAAGACUGAAAUGGAGUUAAUAAAAUGGGGAUUUGAUGCUUCAGCCAUUGAACAACAAAUCGCUGAGCAUAGAAGAUUCCAUAAUUCUAUUGGAGACUAUCGUUGGCACUUGGAUAAGGUGAAAACUGAUCUGCGUGAGAAGGCUGCUGUUCAUCAGCUGGAAGAGGAAUAUGAAUAUCUCUUGAGGUUCUCCUUUGAAAGAAUGGAUCAACUGCGCCAGCUGCAGAAUAUUAUCCAAGCCACUAGCAGGGAAAUCAUGUGGAUCAACGACUGUGAGGAAGAAGAACUACUCUAUGAUUGGAGUGACAGGAACACUGACAUUGCAAGGAAGCAAGAAGCCUUCUCUAAACGCAUGAGCCAGCUCGAAGUUAAAGAAAAGGAACUCAACAAACUUAAGCAAGAAUGUGAUCAGUUGGUGCUCAGCCAGCACCCUGCUUCUGACAAAAUUGAGGCUUAUAUGGAUACAUUACAAACUCAAUGGAGUUGGAUUCUUCAGAUCACCAAGUGCAUUGAUGUUCACCUCAAGGAAAAUGCAGCUUACUUUCAGUUUUUUGAGGAAGCCCAGUCUACUGAGAACUACUUGAAGAACUUGCAGGAUGCCAUCAGGAAAAAGUUCAUCUGUGAUAAAAAUAUGUCUUUGCAAGUUCUGUUGGAGCAAAUUAAAGAAUUAGAGGCUGAGCGAGAGAAAAUCCUGGAAUAUAAGAGGCAGGUGCAAAAUUUGGUGAAUAAAUCAAAGAAGAUAGUACAGUUGAAACCCCGUAACCCUGACUAUAAGUCCAGUAAGACCAUCAUUCUCAGGGCUUUGUGUGACUACAAACAAGAUCUGAAAACAAUGCGUAAAGGAGACGAGUGCAUUUUAAAAGACAACAGUGAACGUAGCAAAUGGCAUGUGACUGGACCAGGGGGGCUAGAUAUGCUAGUGCCAUCUGUUAGUCUUAUUAUUCCACCUCCAAACCCCUUAGCUGUGGAUCUGGCAACCAAAAUUGAACAAUACUAUGAUGCUAUUAUGGCUCUCUGGAAUCAACUUUACAUCAACAUGAAGAGCUUGGUGUCUUGGCAUUAUUGUAUGAUUGAUGUUGAGAAAAUCAGAGCUAUGACUAUUGCCAAGCUGAAGACAAUGCGCAAAGAAGAUUAUCAAAGAAUAAUUGCUGACUUGGAGAUCCAUUAUCAAGAAUUUAUCAGGAACAGCCAAGGCUCAGAGAUGUUUGGGGAUGAUGAUAAGAGGAAGAUGCAGACUCAGAUCACGGAUGCUCAGAAACAUUACCAGACAUUGGUCAUCCAGCUUCCACGUCAAACACAUACAGCAGCACCUCCCAUAGUAACUGAAGUUAUAACUAUAGAAAGGGAAAAGCAGGAGGCCUGGCUGCUCAUGGAAUUGCAGAAACUUCGUCGCCAGAUUGAAAACUGUGAGCUUAGGAUGGUGCAGCGAACUCCUUUCCAGUUGGAUCAAGGGGCCACUCAUAAUUUGUCUGUCCGAAUCAGUGAUUUAGAGAGUAUACAAAUUGAAUCCCAGUCAAUGGCAGAAGCUCUCAACAGGCAAAAAGAUUACCUUCCAAAUUUUAGAGGCUCUGAGAAGUAUCACUAUUUGCAGUCUGAAAUCAGUGCUUUGUUUCAGAAAUUGGAAAAUAUUAAUGGGGUUUCUGCUUGCUACUUGGACAGCUUAAAUGCCCUGCGAUCACUGCUCCAGGCAAUUCUCCAGACAGAUGAUGUGAUUCGAGUAUUUGAAAUUAGGCUUACAGAAGAGGACACACUUUCCUUGGACCCAGAUAAAGUAGAAGCCUACCGAGUUUGCCUAAAGAAAAUGAAAGCAGACCUUAGUAUGAAGAAGUCAUUGCUUGGUACUUUGGAAGCCGAGCUGCAGAAGGCUCUCCAGGUUCACUCCCAGUCUUCUCAAACAUACCCUCACUAUGACUUAGAUCUUGGAAAAUUUGCUGAUAGAGUCUGCCAACUAACAGAUCGUUGGCAAAGGCUGGAAAAACAGCUGGAUGACAGAUCGUGGGAUUUAGAAAAACAGGUGAAGCAGCUGAGAACCUAUCGGGAUCUUUACCAGGCUUUGAAUAAAUGGAUCUGUGAUGCCAGGCGCCGACAGGACACCAUUGAAGCCAUGAAAUUAGGAGAUGUUAGCACUGUCAUGAGAUACCUGCAGGAGCAAAAGAACUUACAUAGUGAAAUUACAAGCAAGCGCGACAGAGUAGAAGAAGUGAUCAAGAAUGCAGAAGUGUGCUCACUUGCAAUCAAGGAUUAUGAACUCCAGGCUGCAGCUUAUAGUUCAGGACUAGAAACUUUAUUGAACAUUCCUGUCAAGAGGAGCAUGGUCCAGUCUCCUUCAGGCCUCAUUUUACAAGAGGCUGGCGACAUUCAAUCCCGAUACAUCGAGCUCCUUACAAGAUCAGGAGAUUAUUACAAGUUCUUGAGUGAAAUGUUAAAAAACUUGGAAGAUAUAAAGAUGAAAAGCACCAGAAUAGAACUACUGGAAGAAGAAUUGAGAUUGGCCAAAGAUGCUAAUUCUGAUAGCAACAAUAAGCACAAGUUCCUGGAACAAAACAUGCAGAAGUAUCAGGUGGAAUGUUCUCAGCUGAAAGCAAAAUUCAUAAGUUUGGAAGAAAUGAAGAGACAAGUUGAGAUGGAUGGCUGUACAGCCAAGCAAAACCUAGACAAAUGCUACGCGCAAAUAAAAGAUCUGAAUGAGAGGAUAACAAGGUUGACUUAUGAGAUUGAAGAUGAGAAGAGAAAAAGGAAGCUGUUGGAAGACAGAUACGACCAGCAGAAGUCAGAGUUUGAGCAGUUGCAGAAGACAAGGCAGAAUGAAAAAGAAAGCCUUGGUUGGCAAAAGAUAGAAUCAGAGAAAAUCAUCAAAGAGAAGGAGUAUGAGAUAGAAAGGUUAAGGGUUCUUCUCCAGGACGAGGGGACACGGAAGAGGGAAUGUGAGAAUGAGCUGGCUAAGGUAAGAAACCAGUUUAAUGAGGAGAUGAGUAAUAUAAAGAACAAGUAUGAAACAGAGAUUAAUAUUAAGAAGACCACCAUUCAUCAGAUAGCUGCACAGAAAGAGGAUGAUGCCAAGAACCUCCGCACUCAGAUUGAUCGAUUACAGAGAGAGAAUAGAGAUCUGAAGGAUGAGAUCAUCAGGCUCAAUGAGACCAUAUUGGACACAACUGAGCAGCGAAGAAGGGCAGAAGAAAAUGUCCUUCAACAGAAGGCUUGUGGCUCAGAGGUGAUGCAGCAGAAACAACAGAUAGAGUUGGAACUGAAACAGAUCAUCCAGCUGCGUAACGACGACAACACAAGAUACAAGCAGGCCCUUGAAGAUGCAACUUUGACCAUCCAUGAAAAAGUCAAAGAGCUUGAAAGGUUAAAGAUUCAACUGCAAGAAGAGGCUAAAAGCCGAUGGGAACUUGAAAAUGAGCUGGCUAAGGUAAGGAACAGUUAUGAUGAGGAAAUUAUUAGUUUAAAGAACAAGUAUGAAACUGAGAUUAAUAUCACAAAGACCACAAUAAAUCAGGUGACUGUGAAAAAAGAAGAGGAAGCCAGUAAUUAUAGAGCCCAGUUGGACAAUGCUGUAAGAGAAAAUAGGAGCUUGUGUGAGGAAAUUAGGAGACUGAAGAACUCGCUAAGUCAGACAACAGAGAACCUUAGAAAAGUAGAAGAAAAUGCUCACCAGCAAAAAGCCAUUGGCUCAGAGAUCUCACAAAAGAAACAACAUCUUGAAAAAGAGUUAAAACAGACUGUUCAGAAAUUCACAGAAGAGAUUGCCCAUUACAAACAGUCCCUCGAUGAAGCAGGAAGAACACUUAAGGAGAAAAAUAAAGAGAUUGAAAAAAACAGAAAAUUGUUAGAUGCAGAAAUAAGCCAAAGGAAAUCUGUGGAGGAAGAAAAUAUUCGCUUGCAAAGGGUCCAGUAUGACCUAGAGAAAGCUAACAUCAACGCAACAGAAACAAUUAGCAGAUUAAAAGUUCAAGAACAGGAGUUGGGACGCCUCAAAAGUGAAUAUGAAAGACUCGCACAAGACAAGAAAGGGAAAGAUCAAGAGAGUACAAGGCUCCAGUGCACAAUCAAAGAAUUGCAGCAUCAAAAACACAUGCUGGAGGAGGAACUUAAUAGGCAGUCUAGAAUUGCGUCUGAUGAGACUUCCAAAAGGAAAAAUGCAGAAGAAGAAUUGGAAGCUAUGAGGAGAACUUUGAGGGAUCAAGCUGUUAAAAUCACUAAUCUCACUCAGCAGAUAGAAGAGGUUUCUAUUGUAAAGAAACGGAAUGAAGAUGAUUUGAGGCACCAGAGGGAGGUGCUAGAUAACCACAUGAGAGAUAAGCAGCGGUACAUGGAGGAGAUAAGAAAAUACACUUCUGAGAUUGAAGCCUUGCGUCGCCAGAUGGUUCAAGAGCAGGAGAAUUUAAAACAGGCCCAUAUUCGCAAUGAGCACUUGCAGAAGGCUAUUGAAGAUAAGAGCAAAAGCCUCAAUGAGUGCAAGAUAGAAAUUGAAAGGCUUCAGUGUCUUACUGAGAAUCUGACAAAAGAACACUUGAUGCUCGAGGAAGAGUUGCGAAAUUUAAGGUUGGAGUAUGAUGAUCUAAGAAGGGGCAGGAGUGAAGUUGAUGAGGAAAAAAAUGCCACAAUUCUUGACCUAAGGAAUCAACUGCAAACAAGCAACAAGCAUUCCCUGGAACUUCAGGGUGUGAUAAAUGGUUUACAGAAAGAAAGGGAAAAUUUGAGACAGGAAAUUGAAAAAUUCCAAAAGCAGUCUCUGGAGGCAACCCACAUGAUUCAAGAAUCCAAAAGCCAGUGUAAUCAUAUCAAGCAAGAACGAGAAACCUUGCUGGUGAAAAUAAAAACCCUGGAACAAGACAAGGCAAGAUUGCUUAGACUAGAGGAAGAUCUGAAUCGUACCAAAGGCAUGUUGGAAUCCGAGUCUCGCUUGAAAGUACGGCUGGAAAAUGAGAAGCAGCAGAUAUUGAAUGACUUAAAUCAGUGGAAAAGCCAAUAUUCCCGGAAGGAAGAGACCAUCAGAAAAACUGAAUGUGAACGAGACAAGAGCGAGAGGGAGAAAAGUGCCAUGUUGAUAGAAAUUGAAAGGCUGCAGGCAGAGAUCAAAAGGAUCGAAGAAAGGUAUCGAUGCCGUUUAGAAGAGACAAGCAGGAAAAGCCAGGCAGAGAUGGAUGCAGAGAGGUUGAAUUGGCGGAAGGAAAUUGAGAAAUUAAAGCAGCGUCCAUAUGGGGCAAAUAGAAGUACCCAGACAGACGAAGACUUGAUGAUUGAUCCUUCUAAAUUGCUUUUCAGUGGUUUGCGGAAAAAAAUCACAGCAGUACAGCUGUAUGAGUGUCAGCUGAUAGAUAAAUGCACCCUGGAUAAGUUGUUGAGAGGACAGAAGUCAGUGGAGGAAGUUGCUGCUGAACUUGAACCUUACCUUAGAGGAGCUGGGGCUAUAGCGGGUGCUUCUCUUAACACCAAAGAGAAGUAUUCUCUGGUGGAGGCCAAACGUAAACAGCUUCUUACUCCAGAGAAUACAAUCCUGCUUUUGGAGGCCCAGGCAGCCACCGGAGGGGUGAUUGAUCCCCAUCGGAAUGAAUCAUUGAGUGUGGACAGUGCUAUUGCUAGAGACCUGAUUGAUUUUGAUGACAGAGAACAAAUCUACAUGGCCGAAAAGGCAAUCACCGGGUUUAAAGAUCCCUUCUCAGGAAAAACAAUGUCUGUUGCAGAAGCCAUGAAGAAAAAUUUGGUUGACAGAGAGACUGGGAUGCGUCUACUUGAAGCCCAGCUAGCUUCAGGGGGAAUUGUUGACCCAAUCAAUAGUGUCUUCUUGCCAAAGGACAUUGCUUUAUCCCGUGGGCUGAUUGAUCGAGAUUUGUAUAGAGCUUUGAAUAAUCCAUCAAAGCCCUUAAUUGAUCCUCUUAGUAAGAAUGCCAUAAGUUACAUGAAGCUCCGAGAAAGAUGUAGAAUUGAAUCACACACAGGUUUACUUCUCCUUCCUGUGCAAAAGAGAAGCAUGUCUUUCCAAGGAAUCAGAAAGCUUAUCACCGUUUCUGAAUUGGUUGAUUCUGGCAUCAUUCGGGAGUCAACAGCAAAUGAACUGGAAACUGGAGUAAUUUCUGUUGAAGAAGUCACUGAUCGAAUCAAAGAUUUCCUGCAGGGUUCCAGUUGCAUAGCUGGUAUUUAUAAUGAGGCUACUGGAGAAAAGCUUGGUAUUUACCAGGCCAUGAAAAUAGGCUUGGUAAGACCAGGGACGGCUCUUGAGCUUUUGGAAGCUCAGGCAGCUACUGGAUUCAUUGUGGACCCCGUUAAUAAUUUAAGGCUUCCUGUGGAAGAAGCUUACAAGAGAGGGCUUGUUGGAAUAGAAUUUAAAGAAAAACUUCUGUCUGCUGAAAGAGCAGUCACUGGGUACAAAGAUCCAGAAACGGGAAAUAUCAUCUCCUUGUUCCAAGCGAUGAACAAGGAACUCAUUGAGAAAGGCCACGGAGUUCGUUUGCUGGAGGCCCAGAUUGCCACUGGUGGAAUCAUUGAUCCUAAGGAAAGCCAUCGUUUGCCAGUGCACACAGCAUAUCAACGAGGCUACUUUAAUGAAGAACUGAAUGAUAUUCUGUCUGAUCCUAGUGAUGAUACCAAGGGAUUUUUUGAUCCCAAUACAGAAGAAAAUUUGACCUACUUGCAGUUGAAGGGAAGAUGUAAAAUAGAUGAAUUAACUGGGCUCUGUCUAUUACCACUGAGAGAGAAGAAGAAGGUGGUGCAGACUUCUCAGAAAAACACACUUCGGAAACGUAGGGUUGUCAUUGUAGAUCCUGACACAAACAAAGAAAUGUCAGUUCAGGAGGCCUAUAAUAAAGGUCUCAUAGAUUAUAGUACUUACAUGGAGCUUUCAGACCAGGAAUGUGAAUGGGAAGAAAUAACUACUACCGGAUCAGAUGGGAGCACAAGAGUUGUGCUUGUAGAUAGGAAAACAGGCCACCAAUAUGACAUUGAAGAUGCCAUUGAUAAAGGUCUAGUUGAUAGAAAAUUUUUUGAUCAGUACCGUUCUGGAUCUUUAAGCCUCACACAGUUUGCAGACAUGAUUGCUAGUAGAAAUGGAGGUGACGAAGUCUUCAAACAUGAAUCCGUUAUUCGGUCUCCUACUGUAUUGAGUGUCAAGAGUUCUUCCAUUUUGCUAAAAAGCAGUUCUGGUUCCUUUUCUGAUUCUCCAGAAGAAGCCACUCCCAUUGCAGCCAUAUUUGACACGGAAAAUUUGGAAAAGAUCUCAAUUCCAGAAGCUGUACAACGGGGGAUUGUUGAUACCAUCACCGCCCAACGUUUGCUUGAAGCCCAGGCUUGUACAGGAGGUAUUAUAUGCCCUACCACAGGCCAGCGUCUUUCUCUUCAGGAUGCAGUUGCCCAGGGCAUCAUUGACCAUGAGAUGGCUACACGUCUGAAGCCAUCUCAGAAAGCCUUCCUUGGCUUUGAAGGUAUUAAGGGGAGAAAGAGAAUGUCGGCAGCAGAGGCAGUGAAGGAGAAGUGGUUGCCUUACGAGGCUGGUCAACGCUUCCUUGAGUUCCAGUUCAUCACGGGGGGCCUUGUUGACCCUGAAGUACAUGGGAGAAUAAGUAUAGAAGAAGCUAUUAGGAAAGGAUUGAUUGAUGGCCGGACUUCCCAAAGGUUGCAAGACAUAGGCAGCUAUGCAAAAAUUUUGACCUGCCCCAAAACAAAGCUGAAGAUCUCCUACAGAGAGGCAAUGAAUCGCUCAAUGGUAGAAGACCAAACUGGGCUCAGGUUACUUGAAGCAUCUUCUGUUUCAUCCAAAGGCAUAUCCAGCCCAUAUAAUGUCUCUUCAGCACCAGGAUCACGUUCAGGAUCACGCUCAGGAUCACGCUCAGGAUCACGCAGUGGAUCAAGAAGAGGAAGUUUUGAUGCCGGCACAAAUUCUUCAUAUUCUUAUUCCUACACAACUGUCAGCAGCAGCAGUCUUGGGCGCUAGACAUUAAUCAGUGUAUCUAAUUUUUGUUCUAUAUGUCUGCUUGUUUAAACAAAAGAAAACAAAAAGAUCAAACCUACAUAUACACAUGGGCUGGUGGUAAUACUGGUACGGUAGUUGCUUGGGUGAAAUAGCUAAGCUACAGCAUAGAAAUGUAAACCCAAAUACAAGCUGAAAAAAAUGCUUUCUGGAAGGAGGGGAUGCUGUAUUUUUCCUUUUU